AUGGUUUCUCGAUGGAUCUUUCAAGUUUCUUAUGGUCGAGCAUUUCGUGCCUCUUCACGAGAGGGUGCUGGACCCCACAAGGGCCCAAGUCGUUCCCAUCCAGUUGCUGACAGCCUGCAGCAGUUGGAGAAGCCUAAAGGCAAUACAAGCUCGGCGGACGUUUUGAUGACGCGACUGCCGCAGAACUCUCGAGCAGUGAUGCAUGUGCUACGAGAUCUCAGAGGCUUGAAGCGUCCAGAUUUGAUCUUUGCCGUGUUGGAAACCUUGCAGCGAUGGGGUCAGGUCGGUCUCAGGCCAGCACAGUAUGUGGUGGGCAUGGCGGCGUGUUCUCGUGCCAAACAGUGGCAGGAAGGCUUGUGCAUUUUCAAUUGGAUCCUGGAAACCAGAAAUGUUUUGGAUGUUAUUAGCUACAACGCUGCCCUGAGCUGCUGUGACAAGGGCAGCCAAUGGUAUCAGGCGUUGCAGUUGCUCGAGUCCAUGCCCACAGCCCUGGUCGUCCCAGAUGUUAUAAGUUACAAUGUAAGCAUCAGCUCUUGCGCACGGCAAGGCCGCUGGCAACGUGGUUUGCAUCUUUUCCAGUCCAUGAAGGAUGGUCUGCACGGGCCUGCAAGCCCGAAUGUGGUUACCUACAAUGCCACCAUAAGCUCAUGUGCCAGGGGCAAGCAGUGGCAGCGGGCCAUGCAUCUUUUUGAGUCCAUGCCGGAAUCCGACGUUUCGCCAGAUGUCAUCACCUACAACGCUACAUUGAGCUCCUUAGACAAUGCCGCCGGAGGGGACUUUGCUUUACUGCUGCUGGACUCUCUUUCGAAGGCCAAGCUGUCGCCUGAUGUCGUCACUUUCAGCACCGCCAUCAGUGUUUUUGAGAAGGUUGGGCAAUGGCAGCAUGCCUUAUGCCUCUUCAACUCCAUGGCCAAACAAAGCCUUUCGCCCAACGGAAUCAGCUACAAUGCCAUGAUCAGUGCAUGCGGUGGCAAUGGGGAGUGGGAGCUAGCCUUGAAUCUUUUCAGCUCCAUGCCGAAUGCUCAGAUUGUCCCAGACGAAAUUAGUUACAACGCUGCUAUCAGUGCGUGUGAGAGGCGGGGCCAGUGGCAGCACGCUUUGGAAUUAUGGAUGUCGAUGCCGGGUGCACGACUCUGCCCAAACGAGAUCAGCUACAACACAACUAUCAGUUCGUGCGCAAAAGGUGGGCAAUGGCAACUGUCUUUGCAUUUGCUCAGCAUCAUGCCGGUAGCCAAGAUUGCACCUGAUGUCAUCAGUUGCAGCGCCAACAUCAGCUCCUGUGAGAAGCAGGCGAAGUGGCAAAUUGCAAUUCAGUUGUUCGGCUCCAUUUUGCAAAGCAGGUUGGUAGCGGACGUCGUCAGUUACAGUGCCACCAUCAGCGCAUGCGAGAAAGGUGGGCAGUGGGAAAAUGCUCUUUCGCUGUUGAACUCCAUGCCAAAGGCCAAGAUAUCACCAGAUGUCAUCAGCUACAACGCUGCCAUCAGCUCUUGUGAGAAGGGCAGCCAGGCCCACUUCGCCUUGCAGCUCUUGAACGGUAUGUCCCAGGCCGAUCUGUCUCCCGAUGUCGUUAGCUACAGCGCUGCCAUCAGUGCUCAUGAGAAGGUUCGGAAGUGGCCGCUUGCCUUAGAAUUGUUUGACGCGAUGCCCAGAGCAAACCUCAAGCCCAAUGAAAUCAGCUACAACGCCACGAUCAGUGCAUGUGUGCAAGACGGACAUUGGGAUCUAGCCUUGUGUCUUUUCAACUCCAUGGCAGCUGCUGACCUUGUCCCCAACGAGGUCAGCUACAGUGCCACCAUAAGCUCCUGCGAGGAAUCUUCUCAAUGGCAGUUGGCGCUACAUCUGUUCAUGUCCAUGCAGGAAGCUCAGAUAGGGACUAAUCGCAUCGGCUGCCGAUCAGCGAUUAGCUCAUGUAGAGGGGAAGGUCGCUGGCAACUUCUGAUGCAGCUGUCCUUGGCAAGAGCCCCAGCUUAG